AUGGGAUUACCAAUAGUUAUUCUAUUAGCAUUGCUCGGCUUGAGCUCAGCUCAAAUGAUGUCACAAGUCAUGGUCGCUCAAGUCAAAAUUACCGAUGCCCCAUACCCAGUUUCCAAUGCAGAACAGCUCAAUCAAGUUGUUUGGACCAUGCACGGAACACCCACCAAGGAAGCAAUUUACUGCGUUUCCGAAGCACCAGUAUCCCAACUCCGAUUCGUUUGCACCGAUUGCCUUGAGAAGAACAUAACCGACAUGGUUAAUAUCCUCAACUCAGCUCAAGACAUUACUCGUCGUGUUGGAUUUCCGGCUGUCACACUCAAGGAUAUUGCUGUGAACACUAAUUGGACCGGUGCAACGAUCAUGUGCCAAGCGGCUCUUAACGGAGGUACCGUCGAUUCAUCUCCAGCAAUUGUCGAUGUGAGAUAUCUUCGACAGCCCCAUGUUGUCGAUUCAAACGGACAAUCGCCAGUGUUGAUUGGAAACCAGGGAUAUAGAUUCUUUGUUGAAUGCGUCCGUGGUGCUGAUGGAUUGUGCCAACAGAGCGGAAGAAGAAAGACUCUCAAAUGUAAUGUCAAGUCUAACCCACCAGCCACCCAAUAUCAAUGGUUGAAAAAUGGAAGUCCAAGCGGAACAGGCGCCGAAAUUACGAUUGGAACGGAAAUGAUCGGGCAAUCAAUUCAAUGUCAAGCCAAUAACGGUCUUCACGACGACUCAAACAUGCCACUGUCGCAAGCCGUUCAAAUUGAUCCUUACUCAUCUGCAAAACUUUUGAAGGACAACUUCCAACAAUUGCAAUCGUCUUCUCCGUUCUUGGCUAACAACAGAAUUGAGAUGAAUCAACAAGUGAACUUAGGAUGUCAAGUUGAGGGAAAUCCACGACCAAUUGUCUACUGGAGAAUGAGAAAACAAAAUGGAGAUGUGGUGGAUGCUGCCUGUCCACAAGGAUUAGAGGGACAAUACCAAGAAAUGGCACCAGAAGGAAGCAGAUCUGCUAAUAUUGUCAGACUAACUGCACUCUGCUCUCUCCGAAUCUCCAACUAUUCCUAUUCUGGACAAUACUGGUGUGCCGCUUGCUCCCAAGUCAGUCAAGGAGAACCAGAAUGUUCUCCAAGCCUCGAAACCCCUGGAACCUCCAGUCUCAACGUCAAUGUUAUCGGAGCCCCAAGCAACUCUGAUGCUCCACCAAGUAUUGAACAACGAGGAAAUGAUGCUACUGUUCUUGUGCAUUACUGUGCCGAACCAAUGCCACGACCACCACGCGAGAUUGUGUUUAGCAUAGAUCAAAACGACCUUCAGGUUGGUCAAACAUGGGAAAACUUCCACUUCGAUUCUGCUGUCACCAAUAACACCGUUCCAAACUGUUAUAUUGCUCGCUUAACAAUUUCUCCAGUCCGAGAGGAGGACCAAUACCGUCAAAUCGCUCUCAAACUCCAAAACCAGUUUGGAUCCAAACAAAUCCCAGUUUCUAUGGAUGCGCUGUUGGGUGGGGAUAGUACGAUGGUGGGACGAAUGAUGUCCCCAGUUUUGAUCUACAUUUUUGCUGCUGCUGGAGUGAUCCUUGUGUUCGUUUGUAUCAUUGCAGUUUGUGUUAGAAGACGGACAAAGGACCAUGCCGACUACAAGGAGCCAAAAUCAAAAGCCAACUUAAACUCUCGGGAAGAAUUCUUCGACCCAACCCAAGAUGCUCCACGAUUGUUCGCUCAACACCCAACAGAGGUAAACGCGUACGACCAGGCAGUUCACGAUGCUUAUAUGGCUUUCGAUCCACGCAUGUCUACCGUCUAA